AUGGCCUGGAGUUCCCAGGGAGGAGUUCAGCUCGGGGGGCUGUUUCUCUCCCUCCUGGGCUGGGUCUGCUCCUGUGCCACCACCGUCCUGCCCCAGUGGAAGACGCUCAACCUGGAGCUGAAUGAAAUGGAGACCUGGCUCAUGGGGCUCUGGGAGGUCUGCGUGACCCAGGAGGAAGCUGCCACCGUGUGCCAGUCCUUCGAUUCCUUCCUGUCUCUGCCCCAGGAGCUCCAGGUAUCCCGCAUCCUCAUGGUGGUCUCCCAAGGGCUGGGACUACUGGGGCUGCUGCUCUCUGGCUUUGGGUCGGAAUGCUUCCAGUUUCACGGGAUCCAACGGGUACUGAAGAGGCGGCUUUGCCUCCUGGGAGGGACUAUAGAGGCAACAGCUUCAGCCACUACCCUCUUUCCAGUCUCCUGGGUGGCCCAUGCCACAGUCCGAGACUUCUGGGAUGACAGCAUCCCUGAGAUCGUCCCUCGGUGGGAGCUUGGAGAUGCCCUCUUCCUGGGCUGGGCUGCUGGGACCUUCCUGGCUCUUGGUGGGCUUCUCCUCAUCUCCUCGGCCUGCGUGGGAAAAGAAGUGCCUUGGCCCUGGAUGGCUGAUCCGAGACUCCCACCAGCCUGUGCUCCAGGGGAGAAGUCAGAUGACUCCUUCCACCUCACACCAAGACCUAAGACCCUGGUCAUCUAG